AUGGCAUCAUCUGGUAGUGGAGUAUCCAACGCGAGCGACCCGAUGGCCUGUACCUCUGAUGACGAGAUGGCCACCGACUCGGGAGUUUACACCUCAGACACCACGAGCACCGAUGAAGACGAUUUCCAGCCGUUUGCCCUACCGAUCUUCGGAGAUGGCGUACCCCUAGCUGAUGGCCCACCAGGAGAGGACCUACCCCUUGUUCCAAUCCAUGCCCAUCUCCCCUUCGCUGCAGUUCCCUUUGAGGAACAACCUCUCGACGCGUUACCCGAUGGUGACAUCGACCUACUCAUCGAGGGUCCCCCGGAGGGAGACCAGGAUGGUGGGGCCUCGAUGGAGGACGGUGUUCCGCUUGUUGAUAUCCCAGUUGUUGAUCCCAUUGUUCCCAUGGUUGAGCUUCCUGAUAUGGAGGUUCAUUCUGAUUCGGCCGCCUCAGGUUCUUUUGAGUCGAUAGCUUCCUUUAUCCCACCGUUGGGAUUCGGUUACAUUCCUCGUAUUGACGAUGAUGAGGAGAUAGAGAUAGGGGACGAGCAGUGUUCCGCCUCUGGGGAUGAGUUGAUCCACGAGGAGCAGCCUGCUGAGGCUCCUGUUCUCCCAGAUGAUCAGAUUCCUGUUAUGCCUGCUGAUCAUCAGCCCGCUCCAGUCGUUCCAGAGCCCAUUCUUGCCCUUGACCCUGUUCCUAUCAUUGAUGCACCCGCUGUUGCACCACCAGCCAUUGAGACCCCAGAGGUAGCACCCAUACCCGAUCCCAUGGCGAUUUUUGAUGACCUUGCACCGUUUGCUACCCACAUUGACCCGAGAUACGCUAACACCAGCAAUGGGUGGACUGAGGAGGAUGACUACCCUCCGUACGUGGUCCCAGUCACUCCCACUACCGUACCUGUUACUGCACCACUCGAUAUUCCGGUGUUUCCUCCACCCACUUCUGAUGCCCCUCGUACCGAUCUCCCGAUUACUUUUCUCCAGGACAUUCCUCCGCCACCACCUGGGGAGGGAUCGUCGAGUCAGCCUUUCGGCCACACACUAUUUAUGGCAGGAGAUAGCCAGUUCUUACCACAGAUCCCUUAUCCUGGUUUUGUUCCACCUGUGUCAUCUACUGCACCCUUCAUUUCUCAGUUUCCCCAUACCACUUCACAGUAUCCGACCCUUAUCAUCCAUUCCAUGUCGGAUACUCUGUAG